CCUGUUUUCUGUUGCUCUAAACUGGAGACAGCUUUGCCAUUCUACAAACCUGGCUUUGGUAGGGCAAAACAGGGCCACACAACAGUGAGGCAAUUGGCUCUAGCAAAGCAGCUCCUGGCAUUCGAGAGGCUUGAGAAGGGUCUUUUGAAUGAGUAAAUGAGUGACUGUGACUUAGAGGAACAGCCUACCACUAACUUGCAAAGCAGAGACCUCCACUUGCUGGCAAUCUGACCAAACUUCAGGCUUCACUUCUCAGACCUUUACUCUUCUACACAAGGUUCAGCCCUCUGUGCGUUAUACUCUGUUAAGCACGGGAGCCCAAAGUUCUUUUAUAACUAGCCUGAGCCUGCGAUUCCCAGCCUCUCCCUGUCCCUUUCCCCUCUGAGACACGGGCUGUGUGAGCAGCCAUGGAGCCCAGCAGCAGCCAUCCUGAUGACUUUCCUCUCAAUGUGUUCUCACUUACUCCUUACACGCCCAGUACCGCUGACAUCCAGGUGUCUGAUGACGACAAGGCAGGAGCCACCUUGCUCUUCUCAGGCAUCUUUCUGGGACUGGUGGGAAUCACGUUCACGGUCAUGGGCUGGAUCAAAUACCAAGGUGUCUCCCACUUUGAGUGGACCCAGCUCCUUGGGCCCAUCCUGCUGUCAGUCGGGGUGACGUUCAUCCUGAUUGCUGUGUGCAAGUUCAAAAUGCUCUCCUGCCAGCUGUGCAAAGAAAGUGAGGAAAGGGUUCCGGACUUGGAGCAGACAUCAGGAGGACAAUCGUUCGUUUUCACUGGUAUCAACCAACCCAUCACCUUCCACGGAGCCACCGUGGUACAGUACAUCCCUCCUCCUUAUGGGUCUCAAGAGCCGAUAGGGAUGAACACCGCCUACCUGCAGUCCAUGGUGAACCCCUGUGGUCUGCUACCCUUCCGAGGGGCAGCAGGUGCCAUGCCAAGUCCUCCUCAGUACUGCACCAUCUGCCCCCAAGAUAACGCUGCAUUUGUGGAGGGCGAGGACUCCUCUUCCGUCACGGAUGGUGGGAAUAGCAGGUCCGGCCCUGGUGCUGACCGGCUAGGAGAGACGCAGUUGGAAGAGGAGGAUCGUGCCUGCUUCUUCUCUCCUCCUCCUUAUGAGGAAAUCUAUGGCCUCCCUCGCUAGAGUCUCUAUUGCUAAGGGAAUGAGCACUGAAGUUGUUGUGACCUGACAACUGGAAUGUCCUGUACUAUUAUCUUCAGAAGUCAAAGCAGAGCAGCCCAGGCAGCCUCACAGAUAUCACCCAAGGUGGGAAAGGGAAAGGAAGCCAAGAGUACAAUGUCUCAGAUGGGUAAAGAUUAGAACGGGUAGGAAAAGUUCCUUCAGAUACAGUGGCAAAUUCUCUCAGGUAAGAAAUCCUCUGCUUAAGAUGCAAGAGCAAGAAUUUUCCCUUUCCCUCAACACCCACCUUCUCCCUGUGGGAAGGCAUUGGUGUCUCAGUUUUAACUCCAGCAGCCAAGGGAAAAUCCUGACUUCUGAGACCCAGGAGCUUCCAGGUGAAAGAAGGGGUGGGAAGGAAGCAGGGACGAGAAAGCAGGCUCAACCAGGGAUUGCCCAGUGCCCAUCCUGGGCCCCAAAGUGAGCUUGUGUAUCCCAAACAGCUUGAUCGCCAAGGGGUCUUCUGUGAGGGCUCGUGAUAUCUUAAUGGCUGCAAAAUAAGUGAAUAAAUAAAGUGGAAUAAGAUAAAGUAAUGUCUCCUGCUGGAAUAGUAUCAGAUAGCUGACUCAACCAUAUGGAAGAAGUAAAUGUACAAUAAUGAUGCAAAUAAAUCUAAUAUGUUCUGGGUAAAUAUUCUGGAUCCAUGAAUAAAAUCACUGAUGUUUUCUUCUGCAA